CACGUACACGUCACUUGCCGGGAAAUUUUGUACUUAUCUCCUCCAAUUUGUGAAAAUUUCAUGUGAAUUAAACGACAACACGUUCGACCGUUCGUGGUUUUGUAAAUGUUGGACGUACAAUUGUAUUUUAAGAAUAACGUAAAAGCUGUAUCUUGCGUUUCCACGGGAGGCGCCAUUCUCUGAGAACGUGGUGUAUUUGUACAUCAACUUGCGGCCCAAGAGCGCGGGAUAUCGGUCAACCGGCUUUUUCUGCUACUUUCGAAAAUUCAUCAAUUCGUUAUUUCGAUAAACUGUAACAAAACAAUAUCAAAAUGGCACAAGAAGCUGAUAUGCCAACAUUCAAGUGUGUCCUCGUCGGUGACGGUGGUACUGGAAAAACGACGUUCGUCAAACGGCAUUUAACCGGAGAAUUUGAAAAGAAAUAUGUGGCAACUUUAGGUGUAGAAGUACAUCCUUUGAUAUUUCACACAAAUCGAGGACCAAUUCGGUUCAACGUAUGGGACACAGCUGGUCAAGAGAAGUUUGGCGGUCUAAGAGACGGUUACUACAUUCAGGGACAAUGCGCCGUUAUUAUGUUUGAUGUUACAUCCAGAGUUACGUACAAGAAUGUACCAAAUUGGCAUAGGGAUUUGGUGCGAGUCUGUGAAAACAUACCUAUUGUACUCUGUGGCAAUAAAGUCGAUAUUAAAGAUAGGAAAGUGAAAGCCAAGAGCAUUGUUUUCCACAGAAAGAAGAAUCUGCAGUACUACGACAUCAGUGCAAAGAGCAAUUACAACUUUGAAAAACCGUUCUUAUGGCUGGCGCGCAAACUCAUCGGUGACCCGAAUUUAGAAUUUGUUGCAAUGCCGGCUCUUCUUCCCCCCGAGGUCACCAUGGAUCCACAAUGGCAACAACAAAUCGAAAAGGAUCUGAAGGAAGCACAGGAGACCGCGUUACCAGAGGACGACGAAGACCUUUAGUUUCUUACAUCGCGCUUAUGAUCCGAACAGAGGCAUACCUUACAGAACCGUACCUCAGGUGUUAUGUUCUCGAGCCUCUCGAUAGAUCGAAAAUACUUUCUUUGAAGGAAUUAAAAUUCGCGUAAAAUUUUGUUCGAUACGUUAACAACGGUAAAAAUAUUUCUGUGAUUUCACACUUCACGCGAACUUUAUCUUAAAGAAGGGAUACAGGAAUUGAACGCUACAUUUUCGCACAUACAGACCGUGUGCGUAAACGUAGUACACGUAACCUCUAAUUUUAUACGAGUACUGAAUGACCCAAGCAUAGCGUAAGCCUUGUCGGUGUGAAAGUGAAGGCUUUGAUCGAUGCACAAAAUUUUCAAAAUUUUACACAUCGAAAUUAAAAGUCGUUCGUUAAUCGA